AUGCCGCAGAGAUAUUUUCCUUCCUUAUCAGAGUUCCAGAACACGCUUUCUAUUUCUCACAUACCCACCAUUAUAGAUCUUCACCAUUUUGUCUCUGGCUGGCUUGUUCUUGUUGUCCAACGCAUCUGUUUUUAUCAACAAGUUGCUUCUGCUAUAAGAGUUGAAAUUAACCAAGCCUUUGUUGUUUUGCGGCAAAUCGGAACUGGAAGAGAUAUAAAGAAGUUCCGUAGCGUUAUUGGUGUCCUGUGGGUUGUCUCAGUUGUUGGCAAUUGGUUUAACUUCUUGACCUUGUUUUACAUAUUCUUUGUGUCAUUGUUCACAUUGCCACUGAUAUAUGAGAAAUACGAAGACCAGGUUGAUGCACUAGCUGAGAAGGCAAUGAUUGAGAUCAAGAAGCAGUAUGCAGUUCUUGACACUAAGGUUUUGAGCCAGAUACCGAUACCGGGGUUGAAAAAGGAUUAGAAUCAGGAUUACUGUUAACAGUAUAUGGCUGUUCUGUUAUGUUCUGAUAUCAAAUUUCUAAUUCAUACCGCAACUCAUUCUUCCUCUUUGAGGAAAAUUGAGUUUGAGGAAUAAAAGUCCACCUAGUCCAAAUGUUAGAGCAUCAACAUUUUGGUGUAUAAAUUGACUUGAUGAACGUGUACCCCUGUCAUCAAAGUGGAUAAAAUAUGAAAAAUAAUAAAAAUUAAUGAGUUAUAUGAUAA